AUGCUGCUGCUGCUGCUGCUUGCAAACUUCUCCCCCAGCAACAGCAAAGGAGCACCAACCACCAGCAACCCCCCCUGGCCGUGUCGUGUCCUCGAGCCGACAAAGGCCUUUUCUUCCUCCUGCGUUCUCUUGUCCUGUGCUGUGCUGCUCUGCCUCUUUCUCCGACGUCAACCAUCCUCCUUGUCACUGUUCACUGUCACCCUCGCCUCAGCGCCAUCAUUGCUCUCCGAUCUAGACAGGCCCCGACAGCCUCUCCUGGAGAGAAAGUCCCCAUCAUCGGCUUCUUCUUCAUCUCUCUGCUCCCUCUGGCCGAAAUAA